AUGACAGCAUUAUCACAAUUACUUGGACGUAAUCAUAUUUAUUCAACAACAGAUCACCCACAGACAAAUGGUAUGGUUGAGAGACUCAAUGCAACAUUCGUUCCGCAAUUAGCCAAACUUCAAGAUCAAGAAUCAAACAAUUGGGACGAAUUCCUCCCUGCUGUUGUAUUUGCAUAUAACACCGGUCAAAUCAUUAUUUUAACACGGCGCACGAACUUUUUCCUCAACCUAAUACCAUCUACACAACAUCAGCAACAGCGACAAUCACUUACAGAAGAACAACGGAUACAACGCAAUCGACUUAAUAGUCGACGACGUCGCGACGGACAUUUUAGACGGUCGGUAGUCCCUACAAUGACGGAAAAUCAAGCGUUUGCGAGACAUGCAAAAAACACACUUCAUGCUUGCCGUGAAAUAAAAAUUAUUCUCAUGGUUUAUAUUGCAACUUAUUCGAAAGGAAAAAAGCCCCGUUUAUCAGUUCGACCACCACUACAAAAUAUAUUGCGACAUGCCAUCAGUUUUAUUCGACAGCACCUUUGUGCUUACUCCUGUUAUGCAGCAAGUGGGGUUACUGUUGUACCGAUUUUUGUUGCUUUGUCAUUAAUUCCAGCUUAUACACCACCCUAUGGACAAGAUUUGCCAAUUGCAUCCAGAAGUUUACCGUCUUGCAUUCUAUUUAGUCGUACGGAUUUUAAUAAUUAUUAUAACGCUAGUUUAUAUGCGAACAAUGAUUAUAAUCAUGAUUAUUUAGGAGAACAGAUAGCGAACCGAUCAGGUGUCAGGCGCAGUCAGAUACACGUAACAAAUAUAACAACGUCAUUAAUAGGUUUUCUCGAAACGUCUGUUGCUGAUUGUUUUGCUGUUAAAUGUCGAGAAGCGAAAUUAAAUGCAAUACAACGGAAUGUUACUAGCGUCUUGCCAUAUAUAUUUCAACUUACAUAUACUGAUUCAAAUGGAACAUUAAUCGAUGACAGACUACCGACGUUAUAUGCCUCGAAUGCAACAAGUGGAUCAUGUUCUGAAUUAACAAUUUCAGAUGCUUGUGUAUCAGCGCCGUGUCUUAAUAAUGGCACUUGUCGUCUAAAUGAUGAAUCAUCUUAUUUCUGUUUCUGUUUAUCUAAUUAUUCGGGCGUUAGUUGUGAAAUCUCAAGCCCAGGGCGAGAUACAACUGCAUUAGAUCUUAUACUUAAUGGCACGGUGACAGAUUAUGAUAGAACAGCUUAUAUCGUUAUACAACGUAAUACAAACUGGACGAAUAUGCUUGAUGUUGUGGAUGUCACUGGAAGUAUGGAUCCUUACGAUGCAUCAGUUUAUCUUUGGUUAAGACUAACACAAUUGACAAGUCGAACACAAUACUAUGUUUUCUUUAAUGAUGGUAACGAUAAAAGUGACUCAGAAAAAGUUAUUGGCUCAACGGGCGGACUAUAUGGUGUCCAGGCAAGAGAUCCUAUCGCUGUUUUACAAACAAUGAAAACAGCAAUAAGAAAUGGAAAUGGAGGUGAUGCAUCUGAAAAUGAUAUUGAAGCGAUUAUUCGCGGUCAACGCGACUGUUCGACGUGCACGACGCUUGUCCAUGUCGCUGAUAAUAAGGCAACACCGAGAGAUUUAAUACUUUUAUCUCAAGUAACUCUGCCCGUGAAAGUGAUCGCUUGUGGUGCAACUGACAGAACCGACAUUAAUCCAGCAUUGAUUUAUAUUGCCGAGACAACUCACGGUUCGAUACAUACGAUAACGGAAGAUAUUACAUCACUAGCUGGAGCGUUUUCGCUUGACCAAAUAGUUGUUGUUGGUUCAACGACUUAUAUUCUUCGAGCAGAUGGUUUUCAUAGACUCUAA